GUGUGUUUCGGUCUCACCUGUCGUUCUGACUCGUCGUCUCGCCGCAGAGAUGUUGGAGGAGACGGUCGGCCUCGCCGCUGUGACCGUGCUGGGCGUCCUGGAGCAAGCCUACUUCUCCCUGCAGGUGAUCUACGCCAGGAGGAAGUAUUCAGUGUCUCCACCUGCGACAGGUGGUCCAGCAGAGUUCGAGCGGGUCUUCAGAGCUCAAGCCAACUGCUCAGAGUACUUCCCCAUCUUCAUCACUGUGCUGUGGACGUCUGGAGUCUUCUUCAGUCAAGGUCUGUCUUCAGUCUGCGGUUUGCUCUAUUUAUACGGACGCUUCCGGUACUUCAGAGGGUAUUCACAGUCGGCACAAGGACGUCUGGCUCCUCUGUACUUCAGCGCUCAGGUUCUGUGGGUUCUGAUCGGGUUCUCGUCUCUCGGCGUUUUCUUCACGUUCUGCCGUGUUUACCUGAACGUGGACCCGCUGCAGGAGCUCUGCUCUGCCCUCAGUCUGGUCUGAAGGAGGAGGAGGAGGAGGAGGAGGAGGAGGAAGAGGAAGAGAAAGGGAUGAAACUGGCUGCUCAGGGGUCAAAGGUCAGAGGUUCAGAUGUGAAAUAAAGUUAUUUGAUUGGAUCAAAAGUUGUCACAGUUGAUCAGUUUGUACCGUCGAGUUUCACGAGUUUAAUCCAGAUCAAUUAUUUAUCAGGUUUUAUAAUGAACCUCUUUGCUCUGACAUUUAAUUUGUUAUUACACACACACACACACACACAGUGUCACCGUGU